AAGAUACAAAGGGGAGACGAAGAAAAAAAAAGGUGCCUCUGGUCAUGGAAAAAAAAAGCCGUCAGAAGCAAGAUUCCAGAAAUCACCAAGAAUAAUCCCGAGAUACUUCGCUUUUUAUUUCCAUGAGCAAAUAUGUUUUAUAACGCGUACAUCGGCGGAAUUUGUAGGAUAAAUCUUCCUGAUAUAGCCCAUUAAAGUUGUCAGUGUGGCAGUGAAGUUGUCUUGACUUUCGAGUCUCAAACUUGGCACGAGCAGGCUAAUUUACUCAAGGCGGCUGCGGAAGAAAGAUAAUCGGCGACCGUAGUAACACCAUAGGACCAUGUCAACGGAGGAAAGAUACAAGUUGGUGGUCGUAGGCGGUGGAGGUGUGGGGAAAAGCGCCCUUACCAUCCAGUUCAUUCAGUCUUAUUUUGUGUCUGAUUAUGACCCAACCAUUGAAGACUCAUACACUAAAAUCUGCACCGUGGAUGGGAAGGAGACACGAUUAGACAUCCUUGACACAGCAGGACAAGAAGAGUUUGGAGCAAUGAGAGAGCAGUACAUGCGCUCUGGAGAGGGAUUCUUACUGGUGUUUGCUCUAAAUGACAGUGGCAGUUAUAAUGAAAUUCAGAAAUUUCACACUCAGAUUUUGCGGGUAAAAGAUCGAGAUGACUUUCCCAUGGUCCUUGUUGGCAACAAAUCAGAUCUUGACCAGCAGAGAGUGAUCUCAAGAGAGGAAGCCGUGGGGUUUGCCAGAGAAAAUAGGAUCCACUAUAUGGAGUCGUCAGCUAAGAACCGCCACAAUGUGGAUGAAGCCUUCAUGGAGGUUGUGCGAGCAAUAAGGAAUUUUCAGGAAACAGAGAGUCCACCGCUCCCUUCUAAUCAUGCUGGGAAACAGAAGAGUGGUGGCUGUCCCUGCACCCUUCUCUGAUGGCCCUCUGCACUGUUGCCUAGGAGACUGAAGUCCUCACUCUCACACCUGGUGCCUUAUAUGUCUACACCGUGUGUGUGUGUGUGGCUGUAUGCAUCAAUGUUUUCGUGGCUUUUACAGUAUGUGUGUAAUAUGAAUGGGUUCCCAAGGAGGAACUGAAUCUAAUGCGAGAGAACAGUGAAUUUGUUGGAAAGGGUGACCUUUAGAUCUUGUUUCAUCCACACAUUUUACUAUAUGCCUUGUAGAAUUAUGUCUCUUUUGAUUUCGGAUUCAAGCACAGUAUUUUCAACAAAGUAUAGGGUUGAAGAUUGAUCGUGUGUCAAGAAAGAUAUUUUUUUUAAUUCACCACAGAGGUACGAGCAGGGAAUAACAACAUUGUAUGUUUAAACAACCCACAUGAGUGAUCACAUGCUGUUGACAAAGCUUUUUGAUGGUUCUAGUGUAGCUUGUAUGUCAUCUGAAUUAUUGGUUAUUGACUCAAAAAGUCAGAGAAUAUUUUAUUAGCUUAGAUUCCUUUUUCUCUGGGGAUUCAUUUAGUCAGUGAGACUGCACUGAAAUGGCUGCUCUACUGUACACCUGUUAUUCUCUCUCUUUUACCUUCAAUGGCAAGAAUAGUAUUGAACCAGCUUCUUUUUUAUCUAUCUCAUCCUGACUGAGCAAUGUUGGACACUUUAGGGAUGACUAAGAUGUUUUACAUGUGAUUUUAAUAAUUAAGUGUUUUUUCCUUGUUUUAAAAAGGAUAGUGGGAAGAGUGGGAAAAAAGAUUGUGGUGUUAAAACAAUGGGCUCAGUAUCUGUGUAAUGCUUGUAUUCAUACAAACCAAAGGCUAUACUGUAUAUGUUUGCACACAUUUGUCCUCAUUAAUAGUUAUCUAAUGUAGUUUAACACUAAAUGGACAGGUUCUGUCUUUAUGAAGGUACUUCUCAUUGUGUGUAUGCAGAAUACGGAGUCGCAUGCUAUUGUUUGACAUGAUGUGCUUUACUUGAUUUUUGCACCUUUUAUUAGUAGUCCGUGAUGAAAAAGCAAUACACAAAGAAUUGCCAAAAGAAUUGACUAAGAAAACAUAAUAAUAUAUUUUAUAUUGUAUUUGUAGGAAAGAGUCAUUCUGUCUCUACAAAAUACAUAGCCAAAAUGGUGAAGAAAAACCAGACAAGGUGCUUUUGCCUGAGUCAAACUAUAAUAGUUCUUACACAAGGGAGCACAACACACACUUUACACAGCUUCCAAUCAAGGGACAUGGAUUUUUUUUUUUACUGAGACUAAUUGUCUUUAGCUUGGGUCUGUCAGCUGCAAAUAAAUAACAAAGCAGUAUUUCAAUUUGGAAUGUUGAAAGAAAAAUUCACAACAUUGUAAUAUUGUUCUCAUUCAUGUAUUUUCAAUGUCUUAAGUCUGAUCAUUUCAAUCUUUUUAUUUUAAGCCUUUUUCCUUGAUGGCUCUGAGAUAUUAAACACCAUUUAUUUUAAUAAUAAAAGUUCAAAUUUUGUAUCUAAAUCUAACAAUAUUCUUUUGUACACAAUUAAAACAUGUACUUCAAUGAUG